AGCGUAAUUACCGCGGGAAGAGAGGCCAUUCUUCUCCGGCGACGCAUCUAAUUGGCAGGAAACAAAUUAUAAUAAAACAAAAAGCAAAAAAGAAGGAAGUCAGCUAAUUAAAAAGAAAACGAAAAUAAAAUCUUAAACGCCUCGUUGAAACAAGGAACAGAGAAAAAAAAAGAAUACCACAGAUCGAUUUCUCGGUUUAUUUCUUUCAAAUUCAACGAGGCGUCUAAGAUAUUAAAUCGAAUUAGAUACUAUAGUUUUCCAAUUAAUUUAUUCAUGUAUUGACAAUAACGUCGGUUUGAUCGAUCGAUUUUGUUUUCUUAACAAAAAAAAGAGAGUGACGAAAUGGAAGGGAUAAUGAAUAAGUUAAGAAAUUUAGACGCAUAUCCAAAAAUCAAUGAAGAUUUCUAUAGCCGUACGCUCUCCGGUGGCGUUAUCACUCUCGCCUCCUCUAUUCUUAUGCUUCUCCUUUUCAUUUCUGAGCUCCGAUUAUAUAUACAUGCUGUAACUGAAACAAAGCUUGCAGUGGAUACUUCGAGAGGGGAAACUUUACGCAUCAAUUUUGACGUCACUUUUCCAGCCCUUCCAUGUUCUAUUCUCAGCCUUGAUGCUAUGGAUAUUAGUGGAGAGCAACAUCUUGAUGUGAAACACGAUAUCAUCAAGAAAAGACUGGAUUCUCAUGGCAAUGUAAUAGAAGCACGCCAAGAUGGUAUUGGUGCUCCCAAGAUUGAAAACCCUUUGCAGAGACAUGGUGGCAGGCUUGAGCAUAAUGAGACAUAUUGUGGCUCCUGUUAUGGUGCUGAAGCAUCAGAUGAGGAUUGUUGUAAUUCCUGUGAGGAUGUCCGGGAAGCAUAUCGGAAGAAAGGUUGGGCGUUGUCAAAUCCAGAUUUGAUUGACCAGUGCAAGAGAGAAGGUUUCCUACAGAGGAUUAAAGAUGAAGAAGGUGAAGGGUGCAACAUUUAUGGAUUCUUGGAAGUUAAUAAGGUGGCUGGUAAUUUUCACUUCGCACCUGGAAAGAGUUUUCAACAAUCAAAUGUUCAUGUGCAUGAUCUACUGGCAUUCCAAAAGGAUAGUUUUAAUAUAAGUCACAAGAUUAAUCGGCUAGCUUUUGGGGAUUAUUUUCCUGGUGUUGUGAACCCUCUUGAUGGUGUGCACUGGACACAAGAAACUCCAAGUGGGAUGUACCAGUAUUUUAUCAAGGUUGUACCUACUGUUUACACAGAUGUUAGCGGAUACACGAUUCAGUCGAACCAGUUUUCAGUGACUGAACAUUUUAGGAGUGCAGAAGCAGGUCGCCUUCAAUCCCUCCCAGGAGUAUUCUUCUUUUAUGAUCUUUCUCCCAUUAAGGUGACUUUCACAGAGGAGCACGUGUCAUUCUUGCACUUCCUAACGAAUGUGUGCGCUAUAGUUGGAGGUGUUUUCACUGUUUCGGGAAUACUGGAUUCGUUUAUAUAUCAUGGUCAAAAGGCAAUCAAGAAGAAGAUGGAAAUUGGUAAAUUUAGUUGAUGGCGUUCUAAUUGGCCUGGGUUGCUGCUGUAUCUGGUUGGUUAGACAGUUAGUAGCUUCUCAAAUAGAAAUGAAUUGGGCUGGACAAAGUCUAUUUUGGAUUGGAUAGGGGGGAGCUUCUUUGGAUCACAACUAAGAAUUUGUCGUGAAUCGUGAUGUAUGAUACAAUGAAUUAGAGUUAUUUGGUAGUUCAUUUUAUACAUGCAAUGAAAUAUGCCUCUCAGCUCAUUUUUUUCCA